GGGGAGCCCGGGAGAGACCCCGGGGAGAGCCGGAUUUAAGGAGUGGCCCCGGUCCGGAGGUGUUCUUGUGCGAAGGUCCCUGUCACCGUCACCAUGCCCGUCAAAGGAGGCACCAAGUGCAUCAAGUACCUGCUCUUUGGCUUCAACUUCAUUUUCUGGCUUGCAGGGACAGCAGUUCUUGCAAUUGGAUUAUGGCUUCGGUUUGAUUCACAGACCAAAAGCAUCUUUGAACUGGAAUCCAACAACACGACAUUUUACACGGGGGUUUACAUCCUUAUUGGAGCUGGUGCACUUAUGAUGCUGGUUGGUUUCUUGGGAUGCUGUGGUGCAUUGCAGGAAUCUCAAUGUAUGCUUGGCCUGUUCUUCGUCUUCCUUUUUGUGAUUUUUGCCCUUGAAAUUGCUGCUGCAAUCUGGGGAUUUGCAAAUAAAGAAAAGGUUAUUGAAGAGUUAAAGGACUUCUACAUGGAAACAUAUGGAAAGAGAUCUCAAGCACCUGCCAGAGAGACCCUGAAAGCAUUUCAGUUAGCUCUAGACUGCUGUGGUCUUACAGGAGUUCUUGAGCAGCAGUUCAUGGACACCUGUCCAAAGAAGACCAUACUUGAGUCGAUUUCUACAGUGUCGUGCCCUGCUGCCAUCGAUGAUGUCUUCAAUUCGAAACUGAAUGUGAUUGGAGCAGUUGGCCUUGGCAUUGCUGUAAUAAUGAUUUUUGGCAUGAUAUUCAGUAUGGUUCUCUGCUGUGCUAUCCGCAAAAACAGAGAAAUGGUCUAAGAGCUAAAAACCCAAGACUGCUGCACUAUAAAAAAAUCUUUGUCAUUAACUUUAGCGUUCUGAAAGCAUUUCUAAAAAGUUAUAUAUUUGUUACCUUUUUAAUGCUUUAUUUGGUACUGAUGUAGGUUUGCUUUUUAUGUUAUAGGUUAAAAUGAUAAAGGUAUAUCUGACUCGACAAAUACUGUACAUAAAAUAUCUGACUUUCUUGAAACUUAUGUAAUUUGGAUGUAAUUUAUGUUGGAGACAAUUUGAUACUUAAUAAAGAAUAAGAUGUAUUGUAGGUUUGUGGGGGAGAAGAAAUUUUACUAUGUUCAUUGAUCAUACUGUUUGAUGCGUAGCAUGGAGUUGAACUUGCAUAACAUGUUAAGUGUUAAAUCACUAGGGCCUUAGUAUAAAGCAGGAAAUAACUUCUAUGUCAAUGCUGUAUUUGAAGGGAAUUGAAGGAAUGGAAAAGAUGACUGUCAGAACAGGUUUGGGAAGGUAUCAUCAUUCCUCCUUUCCUUGGUGUGUGUGAACAAAAGCAGUUCUUAAUUAUAUUCCUAAAAUGUUACUGCUG